GAUAAGAUAAGAAAGGGCUUGGUUCAUCGUGGAAACAAUUAUCAUCAAGAGUUGAUUCCAUUUUAGUUAACCGGUGACAAAAGACCAAGACACAACAGGUUAAUAAUUACAAUUAUCAACAUCAACAUGGUUUCCGUAGUGACAAUUGGCAGCAUCAGCAUAAAAGUGUUAAAAUUGAUAAUAAAUUUAAUUAUUCUUAUACUGUAUCGAACGGGGUAUGGAGGAGAAUUUUUAGGUGUGGGUGGAACAUGGAACCUAAAUGAGGACAAGAAUCCCGACGCGGAGAUCGUUGCUUCCGGUGUCUUUGUUGGUUUUUUCAUUUAUACUAGUGUUGUAUUAUUGACUUAUUGUUUCGGUGGGACGGAACAUAAAAAAAGUCUUGUUGAAAUAAUUAUGAAUUUUGUGGGAAUGUUUAUGUUCAUUGCCGUUGGAGGAACGGCAUUGCAUUACUGGCAUGGUUAUCAAGCCGAACAUAAAUAUAUUCAUGUUGCAACUGAACGACAGAUCGGUUUAGCUGUGGGCUCGCUGUGUGUUUUAGAAGGCGCAGCAUAUCUACUAGACACUUUGUUAAGUUUUUAUGAAUUCGCUCAGAGUGACUAUAAUUAAAAUUAUUAAUUUGUAUUUUUUUUAAUUAAUUAAUUAAACAUUAUUAAUCAUUAUUUUUUAUAUUUAUAAUUGUGUCAUAUAUAUUCAAGGUACGAACGCGUCAUUCAAAUGUUGUAUCAUUUAUUUCAUAAUUAUUGUCAACAAAUAUUUAUCACGAAUUAAUUUUUUUAUCAUUUAUAAAAAAUUUUUUAUUUUAAUAAAGAUUUUAAAUA